UGAGUAGGGGAUGGCUGCUUGCGUCUGAGCUGCUACCUCUGCGCUCACAGAGGGAAAACUCAACGUAAAUAGACGAGGAAAGCGUGAGGAGACGAGAGGAGGAGAGGAGGGAAAGGAGAACUUUUAAGAGAGGUGGAAAUAGUUGUCACACAUAUCCCCGGGAGGUUUUUAUUUUUUCGGGAACGAAGGGGGGAUUUUGGACCAUGCCUGCUGAAGUGAAACAGGAGCAGAGCCCCAGUAACGCCACAUCCCUGGCCAUGAUGCAGGAGCCACAGGAGGUGGUGGAGGAGACGGUCACCAUAGAGGAAGACCCUGGCACCCCCACCUCCCACGUCUCAGUGGUCACCUCUGAUGACGGCACCACACGGCGCACAGAAACCAAGGAUUUGUCAACUAACGUGAAGGUGACCAAGAUGGUGAAGACGGUGACCACACGGACAGUGCGUCAGGUGCCCCUCGGCCCCGAUGGUUUGCCCCUGCCUGAGGGCUCAUCCCCACUGGGCAGCUACACCGACUCCAUUGACAGGCGCUACCUGAAGAACGGAGGUGACCGCUUCAUCACUCCUCAAGCAACCUCCACCCUGACACGCUCCUACAACAACUCCUACAACGAUUCAUACGGCGAGACGCCCGAGAGCCAGUACGUUCGCCACUACGGCCUGCACGACGGCUACGCCGAUUUGACGGACAACUAUGGCAGCCUGUCACGUGGCGUCAACUUCCGACCGCCACGCUACCCCUACUUGCCCAACAGCUACCGGCCGGAGAACAGCUACACGCUUCCUAUUCGCAAGGAUGACUAUGGCCAUGUUGCCCAGCCGCAGGUUCCCAUGGGCACCAGCACUGUGGAUCUGAACCGCUCACAGCCGGAGCGCUUCCAGCCUGAGCCGUACGGCCUGGAGGAUGAUCGCCGCAGCUUGGGUCCUGAGGAAGAGGAGCCGUACGAGCUGGAGCCCGACUACUCCACCGCCAACCGACGCACCCUGCAGGGGGCCAACCGGGGUCGCACCCACCGGGAACCUCUGCGUGAUGGACCCCGCGUCAGAGGGUACCCGGACGACCCCAUUGAGGCAGAGCUGAUCGAUGAGCGCCACCCUUAUAUCCAUGGCAUGUAUUCAGCGCCUCUGGCCCAGCCAGAGAGAGGAAGCAUGGCCAGUCUGGACCGCAUGGGCGGCCGGCGCUCACCCUCCAUCGACAGCAUCCGCAAGGACCCGCGCUGGCGUGACCCAGACCUCCCUGAGGUCAUCGCCAUGCUGGGCCACCCCAUCGACCCGGUCAAGUCCAACGCCGCUGCCUACCUGCAGCACCUGUGUUAUGAAAAUGACAAGAUUAAGAAGGACGUACGUCAGCUGAAGGGGAUUCCUGUUCUGGUGGGCCUUCUGGACCACCCCAAAUCUGAGGUCCACCGCAAAGCUUGUGGUGCCCUGCGCAACAUCUCCUACGGCAAGGACAAUGACAACAAGGUGGCCAUCAAGAACUGUGACGGCAUCCCAGCCCUCAUCCGCCUGCUGAGGAAGACCAAUGACAUGGAGGUCCGAGAGCUCAUCACCGGAACUCUGUGGAAUCUGUCAUCCUAUGAGCCCCUGAAGAUGGUGAUCAUCAACCACGGCCUGCAGACCAUGACCAACGAGGUCAUUAUCCCCCACUCAGGCUGGGAGCACGAGCCCAACGAGGACUCAAAGCCCCGCGAUGCCGAGUGGACCACCGUCUUCAAGAACACCUCCGGCUGCCUCAGAAAUGUGAGCUCGGACGGAGCAGAGGCUCGGCGCAGACUGAGGGAAUGCGAGGGAUUGGUGGACGCCCUGCUGCACGCUCUCCAAUCAGCUGUAGGGAAGAAAGACAUGGACAAUAAGUCUGUGGAGAACUGUGUUUGUAUUAUGAGGAACCUGUCCUACCACGUCCACAAAGAGGUGCCAGGGGCAGAAAAGUUCCAGGACCCUUCAGUGCUACAGGCCCCCGGCUCAGCGGGACCACAGAGGAAGAAGAAGGAUGACGCCGGCUGCUUCGGAGGAAAGAAGGCCAAGGGCAGGAAAAACGGUGAGAACGACAAAAACUACGACACAUUGGAUCUGCCCAAGCGCACAGAGCCGUCGAAAGGCUUUGAGCUGCUGUAUCAGCCGGAGGUGGUGAGGCUCUACCUGUCUCUGCUGACAGAGAGCCAGAACUACAACACUUUGGAGGCCGCUGCCGGGGCUCUACAAAACCUCAGCGCUGGACAGUGGACCUGGUCCAACUACAUCAGAGCCACGGUGCGUAAGGAGAAAGGUCUCCCCAUCCUGGUGGAGCUGCUGCGCUCUGACUCUGACAAGGUGGUCCGAGCUGUGGCCAUCGCCCUGCGCAACCUGUCCAUCGACCGCCGCAACAAGGACCUGAUCGGAAGCUAUGCCAUGCGGGACUUGGUGAGCAACCUGCCCAGCGGUCAGCAGCGACCUGCUAAGAACCUGGAGGAGGACACCGUGGUCGCCAUCCUCAACACCAUCCACGAGAUCGUCACCGACAGCUCUGAAAACGCCCGCUCCCUCAUCCAGGCGCAGGCCAUCGAGAAGCUGGUCGCCAUCAACAGGACCAGCCAAUCAGCUCGCGAAACAAAGGCGGCGUCCCACGUGCUGCAGACGGUGUGGAGUUAUAAGGAGCUAAGAAACGCUUUGACCAAGGACGGCUGGAACAAGAGCCACUUCCAGCCCACAGUGACAGCCACCCCUAAAGCAACAAAGAACGGCAAGCCAGGUUAUGAUGACACCACCCUGCCCCUGAUGGAGAAGAACCAAGGCACCAGGAAAUGUGGCAGUGGUGAUAUGAUACCUAUGGAUGAGCUGGGUCCAGAUGGUUACUCCACCAUUGACCAGAGGGACAAGGACUGCAAAUACAAGGCGGGCGACGGCUCAGUGGACCUGACAGAACGGGAGCCAUUAAAGAAUGACACAAAUAGGAAACACUAUAUCAGGAGUAACAGGCCUGCGGUCAGUCUGGUGGACGCUUGUGAUGUUAAGCCCCAGCCUGUUGACUCCUGGGUCUAAAUGCAUGCAUGGCUUAAAAGUGCGACACCCCAGCUAGAGGAGGAUCUCUCAUAUCACCACUGCCAUUUCACAUGGAGCUUAUCUUUGGAGUUGGACUUUGUACAGAAAAGAGGAUUUAAAAAAAAUUAAUGAUCACAACAGCGACUACCCAGCAGCAGCCAGCAUUCUCAUGCUUUUCAGAAAAAAAAUCAAAAAGAAUAAAAAGUGACUACUCCUACUACUUUCUCAUAUCUACAUUCCCACCGGACAUCAUGUGAAUUUUGCAGUGUUGACUCUUGUUGAGCUCUACCAGUGACAAGAAACGGACAGAGGCCGGUGCUGUUGAAGGAAUGGACAUGUGUGGAGGCGACAAAGGAAAGUGAAAGAAGUGAAUGGAAAAGAAACGUGUGCUGGAAGGAAACCUGUGGGAGAAGAAAUGGGAAAAUUGAUGUUUUUCAUUUCAAUUUUCACAUCUGAUAAAAGAUCGUGCCCCGAAAUUUUGUGGGUUUUUGAAUUGAACAGGUUUGGACUGGUGUGUUUUGAAGGUCACUGAAUGUUUGUUUUGAGAAUAGCGGGAUGGACACGAGAAAGGAAAAGUAAAAGGAAAGAAACCGAGCCUGAGAAGAGCUGUAGCAUAGCAGAUAAACAUGUACUCCCAGCAGCCUGCUCUCAUAGAUUUACAAUCCAUUUGGUUCACUGUGUUUUUUCAGAAAAAAAAAAAAAAAAGUGCACUGAGAUGCUUUGAAAUCAAAAGUGGUUAACAGGUGGUUGAUGUCCAUUUUAUAAAAGAAGGAGUCUGCAAGUUGUGGUCUGGAGAAAAGAAAGUGACAAAGUGUGUGCAUCUGAUGGAGUGACAGGUUUUGUUAACACUGCAUUGAAAAAGUAAGAUAAAAUGGAAAGACUUCCUGUUUCAUCGUGAUCAACAUGUUUGAGCCAAGUGGCAUGUUGACCUUCAGUCACAGAGCUGUGGUUACAUGCGUAACCACUUCAGUUGUGUAGCGACAUGGCUCCUUGAGUUUCCUGGUUGGUUGCUCUUUGUCAAUGAUGUGUAUUAAAGAGGAUAUAAGGCAUUUUGUUUAUAAAUGAUUUGUGUUUUUGAAAAGAGAGGGAGAUGAUUGUUCUCUUGUUGAAAGGAUAGAUCUAAAAGCAUUUUUAUUUUUGUUGGGUUUUAUAUAAAUGUAUAUUAGGGUCAAAAGGAACAAAAAAAUUGAAAAAUUAAGGGAAAAAAAACAAACAAAAAAUGACAGACUUCUUAGUUGUAUAUUAAUAUCACAUUGUUUGGAAAGCACAUCUCAUUUGAUAAAGGCUCACCAUGUUUGUAAGCAAGAAAUAACAACGUAACUUAAAUGUGUGUCAAAUAUUGUCGAGUUACGCCGACGAUCACCUAUUUAUAUUUUGUAUUUGUCAAAAAAAGGUUACAGAAAAAAAGUUUAUCUGCAGUGUUCUUUCUAAAGGCGAUGAGUACAUAUUGUCUGGCAGCCCCUGCAUCUUUGAAACAGACAAUAUGAGGGGGUCAAGGGGUCAGACAGAGGUGAUGGGAUAGACAAGAGAUGGCAGUGUUAAUACAAGUCCCUUCAUUUUCCUUCCUAAUGCAUUCAGACCAAGUUACCACCAACCCUGAAUCCUCCUUCACCAGUGCAUCUUAAAGAGAAAUAUUCAGUCAUGAGCAUGAAGAAAAAUCUGUACAGAUGUUUAUAUUUUAUUCUUUCCAAGUGCCAGUUUUUUUGUGGUGUCAUUUGGAUAUUAACUAAUUCAUUCGUGUGCAGGAAGAGAGUACAGGUGGACGAGUGGAUCUGGAUAUUCAAGGCAAAAUAAAAAAAAAAAGUUGUAACACACUGUAUAAAUUAAAACUUCAAGUUUGGUCAUAUAGUAUAUAUUUUUACAACGUUAUAGGUCGGGCAGUUGAGAUUUAGAAAACCAGAGAGAUACAGAAUCUUAUUGCCAUUUUUCUCUUGCUUGGUGAGACUGUGCUCAGAAUCCAGUGGUAACGUGUCCGGUCUCCUUUCCAGCCUACUGUCUCCUGAUUUAGCUCGAAUCAGAGACAGAAAGAGAGUCCAGUCCAAGUUGGUGUCACUCAUGCGUCAUUGAGGCGAACGGCAUGUGCCUGCAUUGAAGUCUGAUUUUUCUUUGUGACGUAUGUGACUUUAUAAAGCUUGCAUAUUUUACACAGUGUUUACAAAAAUGUACGUUGUGGUAAAAAUCAAUAAACUACAAAAAAACUUA